GAGGGGGACAGGACAGAGAGAACAGGGGGCUCUCGAUUCCAAAUUGUCGGCUUUAGGAAGACGUUGGAUCCAGAGAGCGGUGACUGCCGGGAGUUCGUCGUGGGGAUUGAGAGAGGAAUUUAUAAACGGAAAACUAGACAAGAACCGGCCGGUUGCACGACAAGACGAGUGGAUGACAAGCUUUUACAUACAAAGGACAAGAAUAUGCCAUUCUUGAUGUGGCAUAAAGAACAUUAAAUAUGUUUGCCUUGGAUGGACGUCUGGCCUGGUCGAGCGGUCAGAUCUGCAGUUUGCUUGUCUGACUUUUCUAUGAAGAGACAUUGAGACACAAUGCUGCGAUAAAAGCACUGGUCACUUGUUUGUUUUGGAUAAGAAGUGGCUCGAAAAGAUUCGGAGUAGGGACCAAGGCUUUCGUGCCAAAACAUUGAAACGGCGUUAUUCCCUCAGGUUGUAUAUAAGUACACGGCACAGGUCGUGUCUGCGGGUGAUGUCAGCUUAUUUGGUCGUGUUUGUGAUUUCGAGCUAGCCGGAAAGCUAGCACGUUAACCAACUAGCUUCUCGGAGUUAGCUGAGCUACCUCGAACAGUGGGGGUCGAAAUAAAAUAAUUGCAACUGGGUUGUUUUGGGUUCAAAUGUGUUAACUACUGUGAUACGGUCUCAUUUAAAAGAAAUAAACCCACUGAGUUUCACCAGGUUUAUUUAGGGACCCGUUAUCCUUCUCUUGUUUUGUUAGCCGUGGAGCUGCUGUGGGACUCGAUACCCAGCUGAUAGGACAAACAGAGGAGAGGAGGUUUAAAUUAGAAUUAGAGUAAAAAUGAAGAACUUAUGCCUCACAAAACCCCCGAAACUUCACUAACAUAUGUUUACAUGCAAGUGAGGGACUACAGCUCGUGCUGUCAGAUAACACAGCUUGCUAUGUAGUUUUUGAACUUGAGAAAAGCAAGACUACUGGAGAGUUGGUUGUUUUGAGGGGGCUUAUUUAUUUUAUUAUUUCAUACCUCAUCCAGAAGUCCAACCAUCUUUGGAGUGUUUUUGUCCCUUGAGUCAGCAUUGGGAAGGAACUCGUAGUCACAUUUAACUAUGUAAGAGACCACUUAUUUGACACAAGAGAUAUAUUUGAUAACACUGUGUUAAUUGAACGUUUAAAUAUGGGUUGUCACUUUUCUCACAAACUAGACCUCUGAACAUCUCCAACAAAAGAAUAAGAGCACAUUUUCACUCAAACCAUGGAUGAACUCCACUUGUGACCGCAGCGAUUUGCAAGUGCUCCAUUCUGACAUAUUUUUGAAAGAAAGAGUGAUUUUCUUGUGGGACUACUCCGAGCUCCUUUGCACGCUUUGGUUGGUUUAGCUUGAGCUUCCCCUCCCCCUGCUGUAACUUGCCUGAGUGCAAGUGUCACUCUGUCAAAACAACAAAAGCAAAUAAGAACAUUUAGCUUAAAGGCUUCAGGUCUCCGUGAUAUCCGCACACAGCGAAUGUAAUGGAACUGAUGUUCGCUGAGUGGGAAGACGGAGAGAGGUUCUCCUUCGAAGACUCGGACCGUUUUGAGGAAGACUCUCUUUGCUCAUUCAUAUCAGAGGCAGAAAGUCUGUGCCAGAACUGGAGAGGAUGGAGGAAACAGUCUGCCGGUCCAAAUUCACCCACUGUGAAGAUUAAAGAUGGACAAGUCAUCCCACUGGUGGAGCUGUCAGCCAAGCAGGUGGCAUUCCAUAUUCCAUUUGAGGUUGUGGAAAAGGUCUAUCCUCCUGUUCCUGAGCAGCUACAGUUAAGAAUCGCCUACUGGAGCUUCCCAGAGAAUGAAGAGGACAUCAGAUUAUACUCAUGUUUGGCUAAUGGUAGCCCUGAUGAGUUUCAGCGUGGUGAGCAGCUCUAUAGGGUGAGAGCUGUGAAAGACCCUCUGCAGAUAGGUUUCCACCUCAGCGCCACAGUAGUGUCGCCUCAGGCUGGCCAAUCAAAAGGAGCCUACAAUGUGGCCGUAAUGUUUGACCGCUGCCGCAUCACGUCCUGCAGCUGUACGUGCGGUGCGGGUGCCAAAUGGUGUGCCCAUGUUGUGGCCCUCUGUCUCUUCAGAAUUCACAAUGCAUCUGCGGUGUGUCUUCGAGCUCCUGUCUCAGAGUCCCUGUCCAGAUUACAGCGAGAUCAACUUCAAAAGUUUGCACAAUACCUAAUCAGUGAACUCCCACAACAGAUCUUGCCGACUGCUCAGCGUCUCUUGGAUGAGCUCCUUUCCUCUCAGUCUACCGCUAUUAACACAGUGUGUGGAGCCCCAGAUCCUACUGCUGGCCCUUCAGCCUCUGACCAGAGCACUUGGUAUUUAGAUGAGUCCACCCUCAGUGACAACAUCAAGAAGACCCUGCACAAGUUCUGUGGUCCGUCACCUGUUGUGUUUAGUGAUGUGAACUCCAUGUACCUGUCGUCCACUGAGCCUCCGGCAGCUGCAGAAUGGGCUUGUCUGCUGAGGCCCCUGCGAGGAAGAGAGCCAGAGGGCAUCUGGAACCUUCUGUCCAUCGUUAGAGAGAUGUUUAAGAGGAGAGACAGUAACGCUGCACCCCUGUUAGAGAUCCUUACUGAACAGUGUCUAACCCACGAGCAGAUCAUUGGCUGGUGGUAUAGUGUGAGGACAUCUGCCUCUCACAGCAGUGCCAGUGGGCACACAGGCCGCAGUAAUGGGCAGACAGAGGUUGCAGCACAUGCCUGUGCAAGUAUGUGUGAUGAGAUGGUGGUCUUAUGGAGACUGGCAGUUCUAGACCCUACAAUGAGUCCUCAGAGGCGUUUGGAAGUUGCCGCCCAGCUAAAGCAGUGGCACCUGAAGGUAAUAGAGAUUGUGAAGCGGGGGCAGCACCGCAAGUCCCUGGACAAACUAUUCCAGGGCUUCAAACCAGCUGUGGAAUGCUGCUACUUCAACUGGGAGGUGGCCUACCCUUUGCCUGGCAUCACCUAUUCCAACGCAGAUAAGAAAAUAGCCUCAUUUUGUUGGGCCAGGGCAAUGCAGCAGCAGCGAAGUGCUAAAGCUGGUACUAGUGGGGACCCUCAAGAGCCUGGAGGAGGAACGAAGUUACCGGCCGAAGUUUCCUCCUCUGAACACAGAGCACGAAGCAACUCCCAUCCUCCCCAACAGGAGGUGGCUGUCCGCCCAAAAGAGACUAUUGUGAGCAAGAGGAAAGGAGUGUCAGGGGUGAACAGUGGUGGGGUGCUGGUUCGUCUGGCUGGUGGAGUCUCUCUCUCACUUGAGGAGGGAGGAAAAAGCAUGUACAAAGCCAGUGGUUCCUCCCCAUCAACUGGAAGUAAAGCCAAACUAACACAGAGCAAUAAGGGCUCUUGUGGAAGUUCUAGUGGUGUCGGUGGAAAGCAUCCCAGUGCUAAGCGGCGAACCAGCAGUGAGGACAGUUCUCUAGAGCCUGACAUGGCAGAGCUCAGUCUGGAUGAUGGAUCCAGCCUUGCACUGGGGGCGGAGGCAAGUAACACCUUUGAUUUUCUUCCUCCUCCUCCUGAGAUGCUGCCAUCACCCAGUCCCCUGCUCCGAGAGCCACGCAAAUACAGCAGUGGUAACGUUUCUAAAGACCGCACAUUUGAGACCAAGCGUGUUGCACACCCUGCCAUGCCCUCUGCUUCUGAUGCUCAUGCCUGUUUCUCUAAGGAGAGCUCUGUGCCAACCCCAGUAGUGGUAGCUAUAGAGAAAGAGGUGGAGGUGGAGGCAGACCUGGAUGAAAAUGGAGAUGUUGACCCAGCAGAAGAUACCAGGCCCUCGAUGUCGGUUACCAGCAAGGCGCAGCGAGGCCGGAGAGAGGGCGAGGGAGAUGGGGCUUCAGGGGCACCCGGACCUCAGGCUGCUGAGGCAGCAGCUGGAGGAGAUGCUGUUGGUGAAGACGACUACCAGGCAUACUACCUUAGCGCUGCAUCAGAAGAGGGAGUGGAUAGAGGGGUUGCGGAUAGCAACCACGAGGAAGAGCCAGACAUCUUUGCUGGGAUUAAACCUCUGGAGCUGGAGGGCAGGAUGGAGGUGCUGUUUGCCUGUGCAGAGGCUCUCUACGCUCACGGCUACAGUAAUGAUGCAUGCCGACUAGCUGUUGAUCUUGCUCGAGAUCUGCUGGGUAACCCGCCCGACCUCAAAGUGGAGCAACCACAGACAAAGGGUAAGAAGAGUAAGGUGUCGACCAGUAAACAGACCCAGGUGGCCACUAACACCCUGUCUAAAGUUGCCUUCCUGCUGACUGUGCUGAGUGAGAGGCUGGAGCUCCAUAACCUGGCCUUCAACACUGGCAUGUUCUCCCUGGAGCUGCAGAGACCACCAGCUUCUACUAAAGCCCUUGAGGUGAAGCUGGCAUAUCAAGAGUCAGAAGUGGUGGCUCUGUUGAAGAAGAUUCCUCUUGGUCUUGUAGAGAUGACUUCCAUAAGGGACAGAGCUGAGCAGCUCCGAGAUGGAAACUUCUGUGAUUACCGACCUGUUCUUCCCCUCAUGCUGGCUAGCUUCAUAUUUGAUGUACUUUGCACACCUGUGGUUUCUCCAACGGGCUCCCGACCUCCUAGCCGUAACCGUAACAAUGAGAUGCCUGGAGAUGAGGAGCUAGGAUUUGAGGCUGCUGUAGCAGCUCUUGGUAUGAAGACAACGGUCAGUGAAGCAGAACAUCCUCUACUAUGUGAAGGAACACGGAGAGAGAAAGGAGAUCUGGCUCUAGCACUAAUGAUCACCUAUAAAGAUGACCAAAGCAAGCUAAAAAAGAUUCUGGAUAAGCUCCUUGACCGUGAGAGCCAGACCCAUAAGCCUCAGACUCUGAGCUCAUUUUAUUCGAGCAAACCAGCCACCAGCAGCCAGAAGAGCCCUUCCAAACAUGCCAACCAUGGUGCCACUGGGGGAGUGUCAAAGCACACCCCUUCAGCAACAUCAGCUUCUGUGCAGGGUGUGACCAGCGGGGGAGUGGCAGUGCAGCAGGGAGGAUUAACGGGUGGUGGACCUCAGAACACAGCGACGGGGGAGGGCAUCGGUAACGAUAGAGAUCAAGAAGGUGCGCAGUCCUCCUGCGAGCAGCAGAAUGAAGCUGCACCCUUCAAGCCUGAGGGCACUGUCCCCAGUCGUCUGGCGCUUGGGGGCCGUGGGGCAUACGGCACACGUUGCUGGGGAUCUCCUGUACGGCAGAAGAAAAAACACACAGGCAUGGCAAGCAUUGAUAGCAGUGCUCCAGAGACUACCUCAGAUAGCUCCCCCACUCUCAGUCGACGGCCACUUCGUGGGGGUUGGACAGCUGCUUCCUGGGGGAGAGGCCAGGACAGUGACAGCAUCAGCAGCUCCUCCUCUGACUCACUGGGCUCAUCGUCAUCCAGUGGCUCACGCAGAGCUGGAGGAGGAGCCAGAGCCAAAAGUACUGACACAAGCAGGUAUAAAGGCCGUAGGCCUGAAUGCCACGCUCCACACGUGCCCAACCAGCCAUCCGAGGCAGCUGCCCAUUUUUACUUUGAGCUGGCCAAGACUGUGCUGAUUAAAGCUGGAGGAAACAGCUCCACAUCAAUCUUCACCCAACCCUCUGCUAGUGGAGGGCACCAGGGUCCCCACCGCAACCUGCAUCUGUGUGCCUUUGAGAUUGGCCUGUAUGCUCUCGGCCUGCACAAUUUUGUGUCUCCUAAUUGGCUGUCAAGGACUUAUUCUUCACAUGUGUCCUGGAUUACAGGCCAGGCCAUGGAGAUUGGGAGUGCUGCCCUCAACAUCCUGGUGGAAUGCUGGGAUGGGCACCUAACGCCUCCUGAAGUGGCAUCACUUGCAGACCGUGCAUCACGUGCACGGGAUCCCAACAUGGUGCGUGCUGCAGCAGAGCUGGCCUUAAGCUGUCUGCCUCAUGCUCAUGCCCUCAACCCCAAUGAGAUACAGAGAGCACUGGUGCAGUGCAAAGAGCAGGAUAACUUGAUGUUGGAGAAAGCCUGCAUGGCGGUUGAGGAGGCAGCAAAGGGAGGAGGUGUAUAUCCUGAGGUUUUGUUCGAGGUGGCUCACCAGUGGUAUUGGCUGUAUGAGCAAACGGUGGGUGGUGGCUCAGGGGCCCAGCGAGAAGGUUCGGUACGCUGCAGGGCCAACGGUGGAGCAGGGAGGACGCCCCCUGAGGGAAGCUGUGGUAUUCUUGAUAACAGUGGAGUGUUGGAUUCAUCAGGUGUUGCAGCAGUAACAACAACAGUGACAGCGGCAGCUGUAGUACCUGUCAUUUCCGUUGGCUCCACCAUCUACCAAUCACACGCGCUGCCCGGCUCUGCCAUUGCGCACACGCAAGGCCUGCAUCCCUACACCACCAUUCAGACCCAUCUGCCCACUGUCUGCACCCCACAGUUUCUGGGCCACCCACUUCAGCACGUCCCUCGUCCUGCUGUCUUCCCUGUGACUGGGGCCACUUACCCACAAGGAAUGCACCCUGCCUUUAUUGGUGCACAGUACCCAUUUUCAGUGACCACUGGCCCACAUCCUCCUAUGGCAGCAACUGCUCUGACUUUCCCUGGAGUUCCUGUGCCAUCCAUGACCCAGAUUGCCGUCCACCCAUUCCACACCGCAGAAGCAGCACUGCCCCUCAGCACUACUGUGGCAGGAGUACACUCUGGCUCUACCAUCCAGGCCAUUCAGGGGGCUUCACUUUCAGGACUCUCAUCCCAGCCCGCCUCACUGGUCAGCGCACCCUUCCCUGUAGAGGACGAGCAGCAUAGUCAACCAAUCAGCCAGCAGGGGCUGCAUUAUCUACACUCAGCCUACAGAGUCGGCAUGCUGGCUUUGGAGAUGUUGGGAAGGAGGGCCCACAACGAUCAUCCAAACAACUUCUCCCGUAGUCCACCAUACACAGAAGACGUCAAAUGGCUGUUAGGCCUGGCUGCACGUCUCGGUGUGAACCUUGUGUACCAGUUUUGUGUUGGAGCAGCAAAAGGUGUUCUGAGUCCGUUUGUCCUGCAGGAAAUCAUUAUGGAGGCUCUGCAGAGAUUAAAUCCUGCACAUAUCCAUGCACACCUCCGCACUCCUGCCUUCCACCAGCUUGUGCAGCGCUGCCAGCAGGCCUACUUGCAGUAUAUCCACCAUAGGUUGAUCCAUCUGACUCCAGCAGACUACGACGACUUUGUGAACAUUAUCCGAAGUGCCCGUGGGGCAUUUUGCCUGACACCAGUUGGCAUGAUGCAGUUCAACGAUGUGCUGCAAAACCUGAAGAGGGGCAAACAGACUAAGGAGCUAUGGCAAAGGAUCUCUUUGGAGAUGGCCACUUUCUCACCCUGAAGGCUCUAUAAACGCCCGUUCACCUGCAGCUAUUCUCCAGACCACUAACACAAUCCCACACCGCUCUCUGUUCCCCUUUGUAGGAAGUGUAGCCAUGUCAACUUCCUAUACAAGCCUACUCACAUGACAGAACAUUUAGUCCUCCAGGCCCUGAAGUCAUGCGAAUGUGGAACUGAGCUACUGGGGCAAGAGAAUUAUUUCAGUCCAUGGAUCCCUCCUUUGUCAAGUUGUUGAACACAGUGUUGUGUCUGAUUUUUCUUUUUAUCUUCUUUAUUUGGUGUGUACUGUCAAGUAACUUAAUGGCAAUCUAUGUUUUAUCUGUGUGUCCUUAUAUCCUUCAUUCAAUGAUUUCUGUGCUUUGUGAUCCCUCUUGAGUUCAUUUAGAUGGCUGAGAAGGGGCCAAAGGUUUUCACUUGCUAUGUUGAUGUUUGGUUCAAGUUUGAACAAAACCAAUAAAUGUCAGACUCGUACUAUAACAUUCCUCUACCCUGGAGAACAGAGCCUCCACCGGUCAAAGGAUUUCAAUGUUGGAUAAUCGAUGGCAGUGUAAAAAUGAGGAAAACAAUCUUUGUUAAAAGAAUUAAAGAGACAAUUAUUAUGAAACAAUAAUCAAAGUACGAGUGAGGAUUCUUCAAUGUUUUGUUUUAUCAUUUGUUUUUAGUAUUUUGUAUUGUAUAGCGUGUCUGCAGAGAGCAGGAUGAGGGAUGGAAGAAUGUUAUUAUUGACUGCUUUGUGGGUUCCUUUUUCCAGUUAACUGUUGGGGUCUUGAGUGCUGGAACAGAGAAUUCUGGCUGGACCAGAUUACACUGCUUUAACAUUUUAAUUUAGAAUUGUGACAUAAGUACACAACAAUUAGUCAUUUCUUUUGUAUCUGUAAUCCAGCUAUUGGACAAGUCAAUUAUGAUACACACACUUUAAGGUUUUUUUGGAGGGUGGGGCAGUUGGUUCUCAUUAUAAAAUAGGUUAAAUGCUCCCCUGUGCCUAGUGUAGUUAAAUAGUCGAUAAACGUCACUGCCAGAUUCCCAUGUUUCCAGCAUCAGCUCAGCCCCAACUUUGGAACUAUUUAGUUGAGAGUGACUGCAUAGAAAAUGUACUGUGAUAUUUUUGUAUUCAAGUGUAGCUUAGUUGGAAAAAAAAAAAAAAAACAUGAAAAAAAAAUCUAUAUAAAUAUAUAAACUGCUGAUUGCAAGAGGCUGUAAUCUAGAAUAAAUGGGGAAACAUGGAGAAACUAAAUUGGAACAAAGCAAUAUUAAAAAUGUAGUAUUUACUUAAUAAAGAUAAAUCAAAAACUAAUA